AUGAAAUCUAUACUUAUUCCUACUUCACACUUUUGUUUCAUUCCAGCGCCACUACGUGCAAGUUUGACUGAUAUCCGUCCAAAUACAAAAUGGAUACAGAAUGGUCUCACUGUCGCUGGAGGAAAUGGACCAGGCAGUAGAAUCAAUCAACUCCAUGGUCCAUGUGGUUUAUAUGUCGAUGAUGAUCAAACUAUUUAUGUCGCUGAUAUGUCAAAUCACCGUAUUGUGGAAUGGAAAUGUGGUGCAACGACUGGCCAAGUGGUUGCCGGUGGAAAUGGAGCUCAUCAAUUAAACUGCCCAUACGAUGUGAUUAUCGACAAAGAGAGAGAUAGUCUCAUUAUCUCCGAUUACAAUAAUAAAAGAGUAGUUCGAUGGCCUCGUCGAAAUGGUACCAGUGGAGAAACUAUCAUUUCAAAUAUUGGUUGCGUCGGUUUGACAAUGGAUGAGAAUGGAUCUCUCUAUGUCGUUGACUAUGGAAAACAUGAAGUGAGACGAUAUCGAAUUGGUGACACUGAAGGAAUGGUGGUUGCAGGUGGCAAUGGACAAGGAAAUCGUCUUGAUCAACUCUCCGAUCCCCGAUACGUAUUUGUCGAUCGAGAUCAUUCAGUGUACGUGUCCGACUUUAACAAUCAUCGUGUAAUGAAGUGGGAAGAAGGUGCAAAACAAGGCAUUGUCGUAGCCGGUAGUCAAGGAGCUGGAAAUAGUCUUACACAAUUAUACAAUCCUAUGGGAGUCGUUGUCGAUCAAUUGGACACUGUCUAUGUAGCUGAUUAUGCGAAUCAUCGAGUCAUGCAUUGGUCAAAAGGAGCCACACAGGGAAGUGUCGUUGUUGGUGGAAAUGGCCAAGGAGCACAGUCGAAUCAACUCAGUUAUCCCAUGGGUUUAUCAUUCGAUCGACAUGGCAAUCUCUAUGUCGCCGAGUACAACAAUCGUCGAGUACAAAAAUUUAAUAUCGAAUAA